AGAUGGAAAAUACUAAAUUUGUAUAAAAGCAUUUUCUAAAUUGUUUUUCACACUUUAAAGUUAUAGUGAAUUACAUUUGGAUCAUGAAUGUGUGAUAAUAUCAAUAUUUAAUGAAGAGCAAUAAAUUUCUGUUUACUGGGCUGUAUCUGAAAACAAAAAAAAGUUUUAUAGAUCAAUAAUUGUGUAUAUUGGCAAACCAUAAUGGGAGGAAAAUUUUCGAGGUUGAAGAAUUUUGUGGAAUCAAAAAAAAGGAAUUUAUCAAGUGAUGAGGAGGAUAAAGCACAUAAAAAUGGAGAAACUGGACAUGACCCAGCUGUACAUGGUGCUAGACUAGAAGACAGAUUCUAUAACAAUGACUCGUUUAAGAGUCCUGUGGUAGAUUCCGGUGAUCCACAACAACAAGAUGCUGCUCUAAAAAUUCAAACAGAAUUCCGCCGUCAUGACGCUGUCAAAAAGGUUGAAGUUAUGCAGGAGGAAGAAGCUGCCCUAACAAUACAAUCAAGUUUCCGUGGUCACCAGGAUAGAGAAAAAGUCAAACAAAUGAUUGUAGAAAAAGACCCAGCACAACCAAAAGCCGAGGAGGAAGAAGUAGAUAUAGAUUUAACAGAUCCUGAUGUAGAACAUGCAGCCAUAAAAAUACAGGCAGGAUUUAAAGGAUAUAAAGCACGAAAAGACGUCCAAUCAAAGGCUAAAUCAAAGAAACCAGAGGUCAAAGAACAAACCGAACUUGACAAAGCAGCAACCAAAAUACAAGCAGGCUUCCGAGGCCAUCAGACCCGACAACAACACAAAAACCCAAAGGAAAAACAGCCAGAAACUAAGGAAGAAGAAGUAGAUAUUGAUCUUAAUGAUCCAGAAGUAGAAAAAGCUGCCACAAAAAUACAAGCAGGGUUCAGAGGUCACCAAACACGAAAAGAAAUGCAAAGCAAAACUGAUGUAAAGUCAGAAACAAAAGUAGACCAAUCUAAACAGUCCGAAACUGAGGAAGUUGAUAUUGAUCUCAAUGACCCAGAAGUAGAAAAAGCAGCAACAAAAAUACAAGCAGGUUUCAGAGGUCACAAAACACGAAAAGAAAUGUCAAGCAAAACUGACGUUCAAACAAACCAGGAAACAGAACCAAAGAAAGAAGAAGAAGAAGUAGAUAUAGAUUUAAAUGAUCCUGAAGUUGAAAAAGCUGCCAUUAAAAUUCAGGCAGGAUUUAAGGGUUUCCAAACUCGAAAAGAAAUGCAAUCUAAGUCUGAGGAGAAAGUACCAGAGAAAAAAGAAGAAGUGGAAGAAGUAGUAGAUAUAGAUUUAAAUGAUCCAGAUGUUGAAAAAGCUGCCAUUAAAAUUCAGGCAGGCUUUAAGGGUUUCCAAACUCGCAAAGAAAUGCAAUCGAAGAAAUCUGACACUGAAGUAAAGACAGAACAAAAGACAGAAGCAAAGAAAGAAGAGAAACAGGAGGAAGAAGUUGAUAUUGAUUUAGAAGAUCCAGCAACUGCUGAUGCGGCACUUAAAAUUCAAGCUGGAUUUAGAGGCUAUAAAACACGAAAAGAAUUACAAGGACAAGUAGAGGAAGGUAAAACGAAAGAAUCAGAAUCAAAUACUGAAUCUAAGGAAGAAACAAAAACUGAAUCCAAAGUGGAAGAAACAAAAACUGAAUCUAAAGUGGAAGAAACAAAAACUGAAUCUAAAGAAGAGGAAGUUGAUAUUGACUUAACGGAUCCAGAAGUGGAAAAAGCGGCAACGAAAAUUCAGGCAGGAUUUAAGGGAUAUAAAACACGGAAAGGAAUCCAGGACAAGAAGAGUGAAACAUCUGUUGAAGAAAAGAAAGAGGAAGAAAAAACAGAGGAAACAGAAAAGAAGACUGAAGAGCUACGAAUAACACUCAAUCCAAACCAAGCUUCUAAAAUGCUCGAAGUGUUGUCAGCCUUUCCAAGUUUCAAGAAACCUAUCGACUUACCAGAUCAUUUAAGACUUUCAAAACUGCACUUAAAAAGGCUGAAGAAAUGGCGAAAAUUGGCAAUAGAAAACAAAGAAAAACCAACAUUUGCUGGGUCUACAAAACUAACAGCAGGCGCCUAUAGAUUAUUCCAAGACAACCAAGUUCUUGAUAAUGAAAGCGACAACAUAAAAGAAGAGGACGACGACGACAGUAUAUUCAGUGACCUUUCUGAUGAAGACGAAGAUGAAGGUCAAAAUGCUUUAGGAGAUUUGGGCUCUGGUUUUAAACAACUCAGCAAGGGGAUGGGAAACGUAUUUAGCAAUGUAAUAGGACCAAUAGGAACGACAGCUGCAGAACCAGGAAAAGAUGGUGAAAAUAGAGCUAAGGGUUUGGUUCCUUUGGUGACAGGCAUGACGGGAAUGAUUGGCAAGAAGUUAAUGUACGAACCUUACAAAGCUACGCGCGAUGCGCUUGAAGAUUGGAUUCAAGAAAAUAGAGGAGCAAUUGAAAGUAAGGAUAUCCAGACAAGAGAAAAACAGUUAGAAAUAAUAAAACAAAUAGUAUCAAUGUACGAAGAAGAAAAAGAAGAUGAAGACGAAGAGAUAACAAAAACUAGAAACAUGAAAAUAAUGGAACUUAUAACAGAAACCGAGAAACUUGGUGAACUGCCAAAAGAAGUCCAAGCUAAAUCCGCCGAAUUUUAUCAAGAAGCUGACCACACCCAGAUGCUCGAGGGGAUGACCGAUGUACUUACUAGUACGAUGGAGACCAUGUUUACAGGCUUGGGAGAAUCAUUGUCAGGUGGUGGAGAAGACGGAGGAGACGGAUGCACUAUUUUAUGAUCAAAUACAGAUUUUUAAACUGCUCAUAAUAUACAAUAUUUUUAAUAUCAUAAUUGGAAAACUACCUCUGUUUUAAGAGCAUUAUAUUGUGUAUUUGUUUAAGGUGUAAAAUUAACCAUUUUGUAGUAUUUAUAAAAGAUGUAAUAACAUAAUAAAAUUAAAUUUAGUUAAACGCGUGACGAGGUUACAAAUCACAAAAAAAUACAAAAUAAAGAAAAAUUCAAUAGAUACAA